UUUACGGUUAUUUGGGUUUAGUGCUAAAUUAGUAUCAGGUUCUCUACCAUCAUCACGCAGAUUAGCAGCCGGAUCGCUGCCAUCUCAUCUAACGUUUUCAGGCCGACUCUUCUUUAAUAACUCACGUUGUUCAUGUCACAGACUCAUGCACUGCAAGUCGUGUUAUAACGCAUCUGCUGUUGUUACAACUAUAUAACCACAUGGGAACAUAUACCGAUUAGCAGUAUAAAGGGUGGCAGUGAGCUGUGAUUGUGGUAAUGAUGAAAGCUUGACAGAGUUGCUGCGUGUGACCGACUAAAAGUGGAGUUGAGAGAUUGACAAGCACAAAAACCACUUAUGGAUAUUCCUUUUUUAACCAAUGACCCCUUCAGAUUUCAAAUUAUGCCAUCUAAAACUGCAAAGAGCUCAGCUGCCUCCGCCAAGCCAAGAGGGAAAGGGUCGCAGCCUCGGGAUGACUCCGAAGACGAGCUGGAUGUACCCCCUCAAGAAACCAACUCCAAUGGCCAAGAGGAGGCACCGCCGACAACUGAUCCGUCUCACGGGGAAGCUGCCGAGGCGGUUGAUAAUCGAAGUUUGGAGCAGAUUCUCGGUAGCAUCCCUCCACCCCCGCCCCCAGCAAUGACCAAUGAACCGGGCGCUCCUCGCCUGAUGAUAACACAUUUAGUUAAUCGCAACUUUAAAUCGUACGCAGGCGAGGAGAUUCUGGGGCCUUUUCACAAGCGCUUUUCCUGCAUCAUUGGUCCAAAUGGAAGUGGGAAGUCCAAUGUGAUAGAUUCAAUGCUCUUUGUGUUUGGAUACAGAGCUCAAAAGAUCAGAUCGAAAAAGCUCUCAGUGCUGAUUCACAGCUCUGAUAAACACAAAGAUGUGCAAAGCUGUACCGUGGAGGUGCAUUUUCAAAAGAUUAUUGAUAAGGAAGGAGAUGACUACGAAGUCAUCCCCAACAGCAAGUUCUAUGUUUCCAGGACUGCCAACAAAGACAAUUCCUCAGCCUACUAUAUCAAUGGCAAGAAAGCCACAUUCAAAGAAGUGGGGGCUUUACUCCGAAGUCAUGGUAUUGACCUGGACCACAACAGAUUUCUGAUCUUACAGGGUGAGGUGGAGCAGAUUGCCAUGAUGAAGCCUAAAGGACAGACAGAGCAUGAUGAGGGCAUGCUGGAGUACCUGGAGGACAUUAUUGGCUCUUGCCGUCUCAAGGAGCCGAUCCAAACUUUGGCUCGCCGCAUUGAGAUACUCAAUGAGCAGAGAGGAGAGAAGCUAAACCGAGUGAAGCUAGUGGAAAGGGAGAAGAAUGCUCUAGAGGGAGAAAAGAACAAAGCUGUGGAGUUCCUCACUCUAGAGAAUGACAUCUUCAAACAUAAGAGCCAGCUGUACCAGUACUAUGUUCAUGAUCUGCAGAAACGUGUGGUGGAUAAAGACCAGGAAAAGCAAAAGAUCCUGGAUGAUACCAAGGAACUCACUGAGAAAAAUGCAAAGAUUUCGCAGGAGAUGGAGAAAAUGAACCAGGAGCUCAAAAAUGUGGAAAAGAAACAAAAUAAGCUCAACAAGUACAUUGAGACCCAGAAGGAGAAGUUCACCCAGCUGGAUCUGCAGGAUGUUGAAGCGCGUGAGAAGAUUAAACACUCCAAGAGCAAGAACAAGAAAUUGCAGAAGCAGCUGGAAAAGGACAAAGAAAAGCUGGAGGAAGUGCGCGGUAUACCAGCUAGCAGCGAGAAGGCCAUCUCUGAGGCAACAGCUCGCAAGGAAGACCUGGAGAAGCAGAAAGUGAAAGAAGAGGAAAAACUUAAAGAGGUGAUGGAGAGUCUGAAGGAGGAGACCAGCGGCUUGCAGCAGGAUAAAGAGAAAAAAGAGAAAGAGCUCAUGGAACUUAGUAAAGCUGUAAACGAGACCCGGUCUCGUAUGGACCUCGCUCAGUCAGAGCUUGACAUCUACCUUAGCCGCCACAACACAGCUCUGACACAGCUUAAUACGGCCAAGCAGACACUUCAAUCAACCUCUGACACGCUGCGGGAUCGUCGCACCACCAUCAAAGACCUCGAAGUCAAAAUACCCCAGAAACAACAGGAGCUCAAGAAGGACGAGGGAGAGCUAGAACAGCUGAUGAAGAUGGAUAAUGAGACGAGGGAAGUGGUGAGGGAAUUAAGGCAAAAGGUGGAUGAAGCCAAGAGCUCUCUGUCCUCUAAUCGCAGUCGAGGAAAAGUUCUGGAUGCCCUCAUGCAGCAGAAGAGGAGUGGCAAAAUCUUUGGCAUCUUUGGAAGACUGGGAGACCUUGGAGCCAUAGAUGAGAAGUACGAUGUGGCCAUUUCCUCUAGCUGUGGUGCUCUGGACAACAUUGUGGUGGAUACCAUUGACACAGCUCAGAAAUGUGUCACAUUCCUCAAAGAACAGAACAUCGGGGUUGCCACUUUCAUCGGACUUGAUAAGAUGAAGGUGUGGGAGAAGAACAUGGCUUCCAUUCGCACUCCAGAGGACUGUCCUCGUCUCUUUGACAUGGUGCGAGUGAAAGAUGAGAGUGUUCGCCCAGCUUUCUACUUUGCCUUAAGGGACACCCUGGUGGCCCAAGACAUGGAGCAAGCCACAAGGAUAGCGUUCCAGAAAGACAAGCGGUGGAGAGUGGUCACCCUGAAGGGACAGAUAAUUGAGAUGGCUGGAACCAUGACUGGAGGAGGAAGAGUAUUGAAGGGUAGAAUGGGCUCUUCAAUUGGUACUGAGGUUUCCCAGGUGGAGCUCGACCACAUGGAGAGAAAGCUAAAUGAGAAAGUGUCGGUGCUUCAGGGCUGCCAAGAGGGAAAGCUGCAGCUGGAGGAAAAUGUCCAGCGUCUGCGGCCGCAGCUCCGAGACAUGAAGAACACCCUGGAGAAAUACGCCAACAGCAUGACUAGUCUAGCUGACCAGGAGACUCACUUGAAACUUCAGCUCAAGGAACUUGAAGCCAAUGUGCUGGCAGCUGCCCCAGACAAGGCCAAACAGAAACAGAUGGAGAAGAGCCUGGAGGCCUUCAAAAAAGACUAUGAGGCAGCAUCCAGUAAGGCUGGGAAAGUGGAAAAUGAGGUGAAAAGGCUUCACAACCUCAUUGUGGACAUCAAUAGCCACAAGCUGAAGGCUCAGCAGGACAAGCUUGACAAGGUCAACAAGGAGCUAGACGAGUGCUCCUCCACCAUAACCAAGGCCCAAGUGGCAAUAAAGACAGCUGAUCGCAACCUAAAGAAGUGUGAGGAGAGUGUAGCUCGUGUGCAGGGCGAGCUGGAGGAAAAUGAGAAAUCAAUGGCAGAACUCGCAGAACAACUGAAGAAACUGGAAGAUGAGGCCGGAGAGGUCAUGAAAAAUUGUCAAGAGGCUGAGGCUGCACUACCGGAGGUACAGGAGCAGUAUCAGGGGGUCCUGAAGGAGAUAAAGGUUCUGCAGCAGCAGGAGCAUGCACUGCAGGAGGAGUCCCUGAGUGUCCGGCUCUGCAUCGAGCAGAUCGAGACAACAAUCACUGAGCACAACAACAAGAUCAAACACUGGCAGAAAGAGGCCACCAAGCUGUCCCUUCAUACCAUUGAGGACAAGCCAGCAGAGGAGCUUCCUGUACUUACUGCAGCUGAACUUGAGGAAAUCUCAGACCCCAACAUCGUUAUCAACAAGAUGAUCACGCUGGAGACCAAGUGUGCUCAGAUGAAGCCCAACCUCGGGGCCAUCGCUGAGUACAAGAAGAAGGAGGAGCUGUACCUGCAGCGUGUGGCCCAGCUGGAUGAGAUCACGACUGAGAGGGACAAAUUCAAACGUGGCUACGAGGAGAUGCGCAAACAGCGCCUCAAUGAGUUCAUGACGGGAUUCAACAUGAUCACAAACAAGCUGAAGGAAAACUACCAGAUGCUUACACAGGGUGGUGAUGCAGAGCUGGAGCUGGUGGACAGUUUGGACCCUUUCUCUGAGGGCAUCAUGUUUAGUGUUCGUCCUCCAAAGAAAAGCUGGAAAAAGAUCUUCAACCUGUCAGGAGGAGAGAAGACGCUCAGCUCCUUGGCUCUGGUGUUUGCUCUGCACCACUAUAAACCCACACCCCUCUACUUCAUGGACGAGAUCGACGCUGCUCUGGAUUUCAAGAAUGUCUCCAUUGUGGCCUGUUACAUUUAUGAGCAAACAAAGAACGCUCAGUUCAUCAUCAUCUCUCUGAGGAACAACAUGUUUGAGAUCGCCGAUCGUCUCAUCGGCAUCUACAAAACUCACAACACCACCAAGAGUGUGGGAAUCAACCCAAAGACCAUCGUCUUUAAGGAGUACGAUGCCGUCACUGCUUAAACUUCUUUAUAAAUCUUUUUGCUGUUCAACUUUCCUUUUAACACCAUGUAAAUAUGUUUUGUCCUGUCCUACACGAGGAAAUGCUGCUACUCUUAUUUUCAGAACGAAUAAAUGUUUUCUGGUAAGAAA